UAAGGCAAUAAAAAUAAGAAAUGUAAAAAAUCCAUAUUGCAUGAGAGCUUAUGAAGUUGAAAAACAUACAGAAACGCUCUGCAAGAUUGAAGAAAGGUUAUUAAAUUUUAUGAAAACAAAUGAAUUUUUGAAGAGAAAAUCUAAUACAGAAGAUGCUCAAAUUGGUGACAUGGUUCUUGUACAAGAUAGUUUUAAAGCUGAGAUAAAAUUACCAUCAUAUGUUUGUCGAGGUUUGAUAACUGGUAUUAAAAAAGAGUAUGGGAUGUAUUAUAUAAUUCUUUUAGUGGAUCAUGGAAUUAGUAUUGGAUUAACUAGGGAUAAAUUUCAUAUACUUCCAAAAAAUCUUAUCCCUGAUAAGUAUUUAACGAAAACUGUUGGUGUAUAUAAUAUUAUACCGAUCUGCAUGAGAAAAAGCACUAUUUUAAAUGGUUGCAACACUAUAGCAGUUGUUGCAGAAAAAUGGACCGAGAAAGCAGUUCAAUUUACAAAACGUCUUCUCAGUGCAUGUAAAAUGGUAUACUUUGAUCAUUUAAUCACAAACAAAAGUAAUGGAAUAGAAUACGGAGAAUUCUAUUUUGUCAUUGAUAAAGUUGUCAUGUCAUUGAGUGAAGCUUUAUUUCUUAAUUAUCAUGCAGUUUACAUAGAAGGAGAAUUAUUGAAACUAGUUGAAACACACUCACAACUUAAAGAAAAACGAUGGUACAUUUUAUAUGUAAAGUUUUCAAGAAAUAAAGAAAAAAGAUACAAUGGAACACGCAUCAAAGGAACUAAUAAUACUCACACAAAAUUCUUUCUCAGUGAAAAGAUUUUAGUACAGAGCUCAAUAGACUGUGACAUCUUAUGUGAUAUUACAGACCUCAGAUAUCCUAAAGGAAUACAUCAGGGUUGGGAUGAGAACAUCAAAUCUUCCAGACCAAGAAAACUUCAGUCUUACAUAUGGCCUGCUAUAAACAAUGGAUUAAACGUUGUUGCUAUUGGAUCAACACAGUGUGGUAAAACGAGCGGAUGCGUAAUGGCUGUUUGCGGUCAAAUAGCUUUGCGUCUACAUGAAAUACGUAAUGGAACUCAGCCGUUAGCAUUGAUUUUAUGUGCCUCGUCUUGUGAAGUAAUUUCCGUUCAAUCUUUGUGCGAGUCGUUUCUGCGAACUUUUACUAAUAUAAAAUGUGUUGCUGCAUUUAAUGGCAAGUCGGAUAGAUCAGUAGCGGCAAUGAUAUAUAAUGGUUGUCAAAUUUUAGUGACUACACCGCGAUAUCUAGUCAGAUUCUUAAAUAAAAAUAAAGGUAUAUUGUCAUUUGAUCGACUUUCUUGUUUAAUACUUGACAAUGUCGAUGUAAUUUUGGAUAAAUAUUACAAUUCGGUAGGAGAACUCUUCAAAAAGCACAAGAUAAUCGAGAAUCGUGAACCACAACAAAAUGAUAGACCAAUAUUGCAGAUAAUUGUAUCGGCAACAACCUGGACGCCCGAGAUUAAGAAAUUUGUACAUCUAGUGAUGUAUAAUCCAUAUAUAUGCAUCGCGUCAUUUAUAGAAGCUGUGGUUUUUAAAUCUGUAAAUCUAAAACUGUACCAAGUAAACACUGGAUACAAGAGUCAAAAAUUAUUCGAUCUAAUGUCAAAAAAUGAGUACCUUACGAUGAGAACAGCGAUAAUAUGUACGAACGCCGAAGAAGCUGAAGAUUUAAAUACUUUUUUAAUUUUGACAAAGAAAACUCUGCUAAUUCAUGACAAAAUGAAAUCAUCUGCUAUACGAGCUUUACGAGAAAAUUGGAUAGCAUGUGUUUGUGGCUCCUAUCCAGUACUGAUAUGUACUGAUCCAGUCCUAUCUGAUCUGAAUUUUACUAAUAUUCAGUGGCUAAUACAUUUUUCUGUAUUAUCAAAAUUAAAAAAUCAAUUCAAUUAUAGGUUUUCUUUACUUUUAGAUAAUUUAACGGAGGAUUCAUCUAACUGUAAAAUUAGUAUUAUUGUUGACGAGAACGAUACUAUACAGUUAUUAAGUAUAGUAAAAAUAAUGCAACGAAUGAACAUUGCAAUACAACCGAAAAUACUUGACUACAUUCAGCGAAAAGCUCUUGAGUUAGAGAGGAAUAAGAAAGUAUAUGCUCUAUGUGAUAAUGUAAAAUCAUUUGGCUUCUGUCGAACACGAAAUGUCUGUGUAUUUAGACAUUGUGUUCUUUCUGAAAUUGAUGCACCAAUGACAAAUAUACAGAUAGGUGAUAAAGUGAAGUUGAUAGUGACAUAUAUUCAUGAUACGACGCAUUUUUCUGCAAGAAUUCUUGAACAUAUUCCACAUUCUAAUGAAUCGGAAAAAAUAACAUUUUCCAAUAUAGAGUAUAUGCAAAAUACGGGUAAAAUACAAAGUUAUUAUGGAAAUAUCGAAAACAGGAAAAUGUCUACUUCGACAAAUGUAGGUGAUAUCUGCGUUUUGGAGGAAACUAUCGAUACAUUUAAACGAGUGCAAAUUACACGCAUCAAAUAUGACAGAGAUUAUUCUGAAGAUGAAAUAUUCGUAGAUGUGAGAUGUAUUGACAGCGGUAUUGUACAUGAAUACAUUAAUGUACGUAAACUAAUGCACAUCCCAAAGGAAUUAUUAGAUCUUCCAACACAUAUUGUUGAAAUAUUUUUAACUAAUUUAAUUCCUUGGGAUGAGGAAUAUAUGUGGAAUCAUUAUACUAAUGAACAGGUGCACAAGUGGUUCUCAGAAAAUUUCGAUGAAAGGUCUUAUAUUAUCGGAGAAGUUCAUCUUCAUCUUGGAAAUACAAUAUGGUUAGAUGAUUUAAAAAUAGGAACAAAGUUAAUUGGUCAUCACGAUUUAAUAGGAUCCUCUUUAAAAAAGGAAUUAUGCCAUGGGAAUUAUUCAAUUGUAAACAACAAUCACUUAUCGAAUUUAUUUAAACUUUGCAGAAACAGCGGAAUGACAGAAAUCAAUGGUCAUAACCUACAUGCUGCAGACAAAUAAAUGAAGAAAUCUUUUAUUAUCAUUUGUAUUUUUAAAAGAUUGGAUGAUUUUAGAAAGUUAAUUUUUUUAAUGUGCAUUUAUUAGAAAAGAUUGGUACAAUAUCAUUCGUCUAUCUUGUAGUGUUUAACUGUGAAUGUUAUACACUAGUGGAUGCAAAGUUUUAGGGACUUCUACAUAUUUUAGGUAUUAAAAAUGAAGAGAAGUAAAAAUAAUUAUUCUUCA